GUUUAUAUUUAACUUUUGAAGAACAGGUAAGGCCAGUUGGAGUUUAUUGGAAGACUGAAACAGACAGGUCUAGAGAAAGAUAGGCGGUGAAGUACUUGCUUGUAAAACCUUGUGUUCAGCCAGAUUUGGAUCUAGCUACAAGAAGAUCUCAAAGCAUCAACAAGGUUUAUAAGAAGAAAGAUAUUCUCUUCCAGUUUUGAGGUUUUCUGCUGAGCACACAGUAGGAUGCAGGAACCACAAGUGUCAACAGUAACACCUUCCGGAACAAUACAGCACAAACAAGAGAUAGUGCUCUCCAGGGAUGAUAUGGACAACGUCUGGGAUGCUGGUCCGGAGUGUUCAAUCUGCUUUAGUGCAUAUGACAACACCUUUAAGACACCAAAGCUUCUUGACUGUACCCAUACCUUCUGUCUGGAAUGUCUGGCACGUUUUGUGGCUAUUUUACCAGAGCAGGCGGGCACCCAGAUCACCUGCCCCCUUUGUCGCCAGCCAACAUCUGUGCCCGCACAUGGUCCUCCAGAUCUGGUCACAAGCCAGGAAGUUUUGGGUCAACUCCCAAGUGACCUGCAACAUGUGGAGAAAGUUUUCCUAGAUGGAAAGAGGCUGUGCUACUCAAAUCCAAUGAUAUCUAACUGUAUCUGUAUUGACAUCGGUGGGAAUAAACCAGAGGAGAAUGAGAGAAGAGAGGAGGGAAGAGAGGGUUGUGGGAGCAGGAUGCUGCGAUUCUUGGGAUUUCAAAGUAACUGGAAGAGGCUGGUGCUCUUCACUGUCAUUCUUUUCGUGCUGUUCCUCGUGGUACUAUGGCCUCUCCAGUGCUUCCUCACCAAUGGCUCCUUGUCAGUAUGUUUCAGGAACACAUCACAGACUCUUAGUCCUUCCAGACCUAUGAUGGGUUAAUAAGGCACGUUCAUGCACGUUCACACAGGAAGUUUGUGAAAUAAAGAAGGUUAUCUUUUAUGCAAACCUGGAUACAGUUUGAAUAUCACAAAUCAUGAAUAACAUUCAGGCUUCGGCCUAGGCAAAAUACUUUGUUGGACAGUUGUGAAAAGAAGGUACUAGAGGCCACAACAUGCCCUCAACAUUUACAGCCUGAGAUGUCAGUUAAAACCCUUUAUGUUAAAGGUGAUUUUUUUUUUUUUGUUUUGUUUGUUUUUUGUUUGUUUUUUUUAGCACAACUAGCAGCACCAAGUGGAAUUGCAAAAGUGAAGGGUGCAUUCCAUUUAGAAGUGAUCAUCCCUAUGCCCUAUUCCCUUCAAAGACUUUACCAUCCACUUUGAGAGCUCUGGAGGACAGACAAGGUGUAGGGUUCAAAAAUAACAUUUAUUCAAAAUUCACAUUUUAAGUCAUUUUUAAUGGAAAUUCAGUUUGAAGCGAUCUUACAGCAUGGCUAUCAUGUUCUCCCUUCAAAAUGCCCUUUGGAGGCUUAUUUAUCCCGUUUGAAAAGCAGGGAAUGGUUUGGGGUUUCCCAACACUCCCCCUCGUCCAGGGCCGUAGCUAGCGGGGUGAAAGGUGGAAAUGAUUCUAGGGGCCCACAGGUCCAGAAGGGCCCCACAACAAUUUCUAAACUGUAUUUUUUAAUAGGAAAUGGGCCCAGAGCAAUUUGCAGUCAGGGGGCCCAGAAUACUUUGCUACAGCCCUGCCCACGUCUGCCAUUGGUCGGACAAAGAGACAGUCCCACCCCAAACUCACGCCACGCCAUUGGUUGGUCUAUGUUGCCAGGCCGGGCUCAUCAAGAUGGUCAAACAAACAGAGCAACGGUGUGAAUGCACCACAGAGCCAGUGUUUACACUUUUUGGGAAAUCAGCUUAAGAAUGGCUUAUACAUAGUAUAAGUCUCUGACCUUAAAUUUCUACAUUCACCUAAGUGAAAGGAAAAAACUGUUUGCCAUUUAAUUGAUGUAUCAUACUUCCUAUAUUCCACUGUAAAUAUUUAAAAUGUAUUUCUGUAUUUAAAACCGAUUAACAAAACUAACACUAAGGUUAAACAGUUUUAAUAAUUGACUAUACAUUUACAAUAUUAAUUCAACUUCCUACUUAGAGAUUGUCUUGACUAAAACUCCUUAAUAGUUCUUUGUACAUUUUGUAAAAUACAAAAAGCAUACAAUUUCUUUUAAUAUUUUUAUGCUCUCUUAUUUGCUAAAUUGUUGUUGUGUGUUUUGAUUGUAUUAAGCACUUAUUGUAUUUAAGCACUUACAUUA